AUGACAUUUGUGAAAUGCCACCUGACUGGUGAAUUUGAGAAGAAGUAUGUAGCUACCUCAGGCGUUGAGGUCCAUCCCCUUGUGGUCCAUACUAACAGAGGACCUAUUGAAUUCAACGUGUGGGAUGCAGCUGGUCAAGAAAAAUGUGGAGGACUGAGAGAUGGCUAUUAUAUUCAAGCCCAGUGUGCCAUUAUAAAGUUCGAUGUAGCCUCAAGGGUUACUUACAAGAAUGUGCCUAUCUGGCAUAGGGAUCUGGCUCGAGUAUGUGAGAACAUACCCAUCGUGCUUUGUGGCAACAAAGUGGACACUAAGGACAGGAAAGUUAAGGCAAAAUCCACUGUCUUCCACCAAAAGAGGAACCUUCAGUACGAUGACAUUUCUGCCAAAAGUAACUGCCACUUUGACAAGCCCUUCCUUUGGCUUGCUAGAAAACUCACUGGAGAUCCUGACUUGGAGUUUGUUGCCAGGCCUGCUCCUGCCCCCCAGAGGUUGUUAGGGACCCAGCUUUGGCAGCACAAUGUGAGCAUGAUUUAG